AUGGCUCAUAAGGCCAAAAAAGAAGCGGCCAGGGCGGCGAGCGAGAAGAGAGCAACCGCCUAUCCUCGAGCACCCUACCCUCCAGCAGCUGACCCCCAGCCUAACCCACGAGAGCCGCAGACACACCCCCGUAGGCAGUCAAGGCAGCAGGACCUCGAGCGCGCCAUCCAGAUGGCUAAUGCCGAAUAUGUUCGGCAGGGCCAGUCGGCAGAAGCCAGGGCGCAGGAGGAGGGUCGCUUCCGCCGACAAAUGCUGGAGCAAAACCAGCGGCACCACGAGGUCCAUAUGGACGUCCUGCGCCGGCAACAUACCGUCCAUAUGGAGGUCCUGUGGCAGCAACAUGCUGUCCACAUGGAGGGACUGCAACAGCUGAGGGAGGUGGUUGGCAGCAUGCGCGACGUUCAGCAGCAGCGGCUUGCAGUGGAAUGGCGCUCACAGGAGACGAACCAGCGUCUCCUGCAGCUGCUGCUGGCUGCACCGGCCCAUGGUGGCGGCCAUACCUUGCGGAAUGGGGUCGCCAUUACGGAAGAGCUCACUACUACUGCUGCUGCUGCUGUCGCCCGAUUCUAUGUCGCCCUCAGAAAGGCGAAGGUUGUGCAACACAGCACAUGCCCCGACAAUGUUGGCUGUAGGUUCCGGCUCGUAGAGGAGGGUGCGAUAUCGCUGAAGGCAGCGGAAACGGCUCUUUAA